CUCUGCAAAAAAAUUUAUUUUUUAUAAAUUACUCAGCAAAGCAUUACUCAGCAUUAAACUGCUCCUUUGCAGUAAAUGAUUUCGCGGACGGGAGUAUCAAGUAAGGCUGAGCACAUCUACCGAUAAGAAUCUCGUAGUAUAUCGUGUAGAACAAUGGAAGAGCAUCAAGUUUUAUUUCUUUAUUCUCCUUGUAAUAAUACGAAAAAAAAGUAUAUCAAUUUACUGCGUUAUUCGUUUGAGCAAUACAUUCCGAUGUAUGAAAUAUAUAAAAUAUAGAAGUCAUCAUGAAGAAAAUGAUGACCGAGAUAAAAAAGAAUUCAUGUUCAUUGGUGAUAUGACAGAUGCGACAGCUGAUUUCUUCGUAUCCCUAUCAAGGCUGCUUUCCGAUCAACUUUCGGUCACGAUCGUCAGGCUCGUGUGAACGUGCGUGCCUCGCCAGACGUGUUUCACGUUCACAUUUCCAGUGUUAUAACAAUUAUGAAAUUUUAAAUUUUACGUGACUGUCGUCGAAUUGAAAAUGUGUGACGGUACAUAGGUAUAAUAAUAACAAUAAUAAUAACAAUAAUUCUAAUAACAGCGCCUGUAACGCAGCCUGCGGCAAGUGGAUCGAGAGAGCGGCGUGUACGGCACUGAACGUGGCAUCGCUCGCGAGUGCGCUGGUGUUCGGCGGAGAGUCUGCAAUAAACAAACUCUGAAAUAUCUCUGAGAGAAGAAAGCGUACGUACAUAUAUAUAUAUAUAUAUAUAUAUAUAUGUAUACAUACAUAUAUGUAUAUACACGUAAAUCCACCACGUUUGUUCUGUGAAAAGCGAUCACGCUCUUCGGCGAUAGUAAUUCAGGACGUAGAACGCAGGUGUGUUUCACGAGCAAACAGAGCAGCUUGGUGUUAGAGUAGGCUGAACGAUGGGCAGUACAGACAAGGCCGUGAUCACGGGGUUCAUAUGCAGGCUUUGCAGCAAGAUGAACCGCUUCGUAAUUCAUAUCUACGGCGAGGAGGGCGAAAGGAUGAAGCUCGCCGAGAAGAUUAACACCUACCUGCCGAUCACGGUAAAUAUGAAUGAUCCGCUGCCAAAGACUGCAUGCUUACACUGCAUCGAACGAUUAGAGGCGCAUCACGAGCUAAUGGAACAGAUCAUGUUCACCAGACGGAGAUUGAACACCGACAAUAAAGCGGCCGCAGUAGCGUCUUCCUCUGCAACAACUAUCGACACAUCCCCGACAUCCGGUCCACCUCCAUGUUGACAUGUGCAAUGAGAAAUAGUAAACCUCUAUGCUCAAUGCACCAUUCGCCAAGAUUGGAUAAUUCCUGUAUAAUUUCUCAUUUUAUUUAAGCUAAUAGUCAACGAGUGAAAUAUGUUAAGAGAAGGAUAGCGGAUAAAGUAAAGUAAUGUCAAGCUACACAUUUUUUCCAUGUAAUAUAACAUCAUCACGUAACAUUCACAUAUAUUCGUUUCAACAACAAAUAUUCUUUCACAACGUUAGAACUUUGAAAAUUAUUCAGUGCCAAUGUCCGUUCCUGUUGCGAGGGAACAAGUUGUGAAACAUGUUGAAAAAUCUUUGGUCGAACAAAAGUAUCUUUUUUUACACAAUGUCAUAUGUAGGUAGCGUUUUGUCAAUUUGAAUAUGAAAUCAUGUAAAGUCACAAAUUGAGAUAAAACUCAAUUGAUGUAUGGUUAUUAAUGGGCGAGCUAAUUUGUAAGAAAGUGAUGUUUUAAAUGCAAAAUGUUAUGGGCGAGCGCAAUAAUGUUAAAAUAA